UCUGUGUUGUCAGUGUGGGGAGGAUGCUGCGGCGGCGGCUGGGGGUAGUGUUUACGGCGGCGCUGCUCACCCCAGCCUUUGUCCUCUUCUUCCUCUCCAGCCCAGACCUAAGUGGAGAGCAGGCACUAGUGCAGAGGAUGGCAGAACUACGUGAGCGACUACACCACGCUGAGAUGCUCAACCAGGAGCGUCUCCAAGAUGUUAUUCUCCUUUCUAAGAAGUUCAACUUGAUUGUGCGGCCAGAUUCAGAGAGUGGCAACUUAACAGAGUUCCGGGCAUCACUGUCACAGGAGACUAGAGAUCUACUGGCCAACCUGAGCCACACAUCAGACAUGCACCUGCCCUCCAUCUACAGUUACCUGCCCCACCUUCUUCACUCUCGCGCUGCCACCACCCCUGCCUUCAAACUCUCCAAGGAACGUCACUCUGCAACAAUGGUGCUAGGAGUGCCCACAGUAAAGCGACAAGUGCAGAGCUACCUCAUGACAACACUCAGGAACCUCAUUGACUCCAUGUCCAUCGAAGAGAUGGAUGAAUGCAUUAUUGUCGUCUUUGUUGCUGAAUGGGAUUUGGACUAUGUCCGCCAAGUUGCCUCACAGAUUGAGAGAAAGUUUCCAGAACAUCUUGAUAGUGGACUCCUUGAAGUCAUCUCUCCUCCACAGUCCUUCUAUCCUGAUAUGGACAAGUUGCGGCAAACUCUCGGCGACCCUAUGGAAAGAGUCCGGUGGAGAACUAAGCAAAACCUUGACUUUGCUUUUCUUAUGAUGUAUGCUCAGCCUAAGGGGACUUUCUAUGUGCAGCUAGAAGAUGAUAUACAAACAAAGAAAGGAUAUAUUGCUACUAUGAAGAAAUUUGCAUUGCAGAAAACUUCAGAGAAGAAAAAUUGGUUUGUCUUGGAUUUUUGCCAGCUUGGAUUUAUAGGGAAAACUUUCAAGACUAUUGAUCUCUCAGCACUGGUGACUUUCUUGCUAGUGUUCCACAAUGACAAGCCUUGCGACUGGCUUCUUGAUCACCUUGUUCAGAACAAAGUUUGCCGAUUUGACCAGCCUUCGAAACAUUGCAAGAAAGCCAAGGAAAAUGUCUGGAUUCACUUCAAGCCUUCCUUAUUUCAACAUAUAGGAACCCAUUCAUCACUCAAGGGCAAAGUCCAGAAGUUAAAGGAUAAAUCAGCAGUAGGUAUUCCAGUGCAGAAUACUGGCUCCAGGCUGAGACUCAAGCAAAAAGGAAAGGUAGUUGAUGGUGUUAGUUUGAUAGUGUUUACACUUGCCACACUGAUGGUCAAUGCUAAUACCAUACCUGGCUUAUCUCAGGCAUGGUCAAUGGGAAUCUUGAUUAUUGUCAAUAAUGUUUUUUAUACAUAUUUAGUGCAUUUCUCCUUGAAAGUGAGACCCAGAUUUUAGGCUGUGGAUAAAAAAUAACAAAACAGUUAAAUAGCCAUAGUUACAGAUUGACAAGUUUAAGUACAUAUUACCAUAAUAGUUUACUCAGUAUGUUUUACAUUAGGACUAUUCAUAUUUUUAUUUGUGAAUACAAGAUGUUGUAAUGAAGAAAUACAAAGAAUCAUCAUUUCCAUUAGUAAGCUUGUGUUUUAGCAGCAUUUCAUAUUGCAAGACAAAAUUAUAUUUGGUGUAAUAAUAUACAGUAAGAAGACUUACAUUGUUUUGAGGCAGGAAAGAAAGAUUAGAAUUUAUUUUUAUGCUAGGUUUAUAUGCACUGUCUCUCUUAUUCACAUUAGUCAUUAUAUAAAAUAUUUGUGUUACUUCCUGUGCUACACAAAAAUUAACAUUGCAACAACAACUAGGCAGCUUUAAAAUGGAGGAGGAUUUGAGAAACAUACAUUUUUUACAUGUCACAAAGUAACUAAUGAAAUCACUUGAAAUAGGUGCUGGAUACUAAAUUCUAGCAGGGAUUUUAGUGUGGUUGAUAAAUGAAGAUAUUUGGGCUUGAGGCAGUGCUUGUUGAAUACUAGUGUGUGCUUGUAUAGAAUCAUUCUAGGAAUUAAACUAGGUUGAUCAGUCUUGAUUGGUUAAACUUUUUAUACAAUAGUGAAAAACAGAGUAAAGAUUUCUUAUUUAGAUUUCCUUCAAAGGGGUGUCUUGAUGCUCGUUAAGGGCUC